AUGCCGCGGCUGGAAGUAUUGCUGUUUGUGUUAUUCGUCAUCUUCAUUCCAUGCGUGAUACUCUCCGAUUCAGAAAACGCGCCACAACUCAUAGACAGUUUGUAUCUUCCCUCGGACCUGGAGAAUGCAGAAACAAAGGGUCAGUCGAUCAACACCUUCCCCGAUUCGGAUAUUCCACCGUAUUCAAACCGGUACAUCCAACCACAACCGGUUCAUUCAACCAAAGACGUUGGCGGAGAACCUCGAAACCGAUUCUAUCUAGACGAAGGAUUAUGUCCGUCGGUUCACUGUUUUACAUUUCGCAACUCCACCACAAGAAAAGUUGUUCUCGACUGUCAGGACGAAAUAACUUCCACGACCAACACCAUCAAAAUAUUGGAACGGAUCAAUUGCAGCUUUUGGAAAAAUCCAACUACCACACACUCCUUUCGCACAGCAGUAAUCACUGGACCUGCAGUGGCUGAAGGGAGAGGAUAUGAUUUGAAGAUAAUUCUGAGUCCAGCUCAGGUGGACGAGGGUAGAGGAGAUGCAGUGCGACGUCUACACAUUGAUCACCUGGUACCUGGUGUCCUUGGAUGGAUAGUCCAAACACUGAGACAUCAUCUACAACUGGAAUUAAGUCCGGUUCAUCUCACAAUAUCUUACAUUUAUAUUGCCACUCUACGACGCAUUGAUCUGGGUGAUUUAUCGACCCGUUCUCGUGUAACACGACUAAGCAUAUGGAAUCCGUUCAACUGGGAAGAUGAUAGUCUGAUACCAAACACAGUUGUUGGUACUAAGGGGAAUUUCGCGUAUGCACAGGACUCAAUUCUACCUCCGUAUUUUCGACUCACCGUCUUCUGUGAUGUUGCCAACCGUAUUUCAUCAUUCCGUCGCCUUUGGCUUCCGUGGAAAAGUUGGCAAGUCAGAUUUUAUCACUGUCACGACAACUACGAGUGUAGAUCUUGGAUAAGCAGAUAUCCUAUUUGUGAUGUAUUCAGUAGUCAGACGUUUAUGCCCGUCUAUUUUCUACUCCCGCAGCCAUCCGUCGGAACGUAUUCCUCACCCAAACAUUAUUUGCGCUUGAGCGGAGUGAAUAGCCGGAAUAAAGCUGGAAACCAACUUUUGUUCGAGACUACUUGUCAACGAGAAGCUGGUUUGUGGGACCCGGUAGACGAUUUGAAAUUAGACCACGUCAGAAAAUGUUGGCAACCAAAUGUGUAUAGUAUGGACACAAAUCAGAGGGUAGAAUCCUUGGAUUCGGUGGUCAUUGUUCCCGAAUCAGAAUCGAACAGGGAUGAAUCGGAAGCGAUGACCACAUCAACCGCUACACCAAAAGCGACCAAAGCAGUGACAUUGUCUUCCACGCCUUCGACGCAAGCGCCAGGCACAGCUUUUGAGAAUCAAACUUCAACUAAAGAACCUGUGCUUCUAAACACCUCAGACACUUCCACAACUAAGGUGGAUCAUGUAUCGUCUCCACCAACCCUAUUGCAGAUGGCAAACGCACCUGCUUACUCGUUUGAUGACAAGCCCACCAUGGGAAAAAGUUCCCCAUCUGAAUCCUACUUGAUAUACAUCAUUAUUUCCCUGGUUCUUCUAGUUCUUUUCCUCUUAUUCGCCUUGAUUUUCGCGAUACUCUGUAUCAGAAGGCGUGUGAGCAGAGAGAAGCAACAGGACAAGUUUACCAAUGGGUACCUAUGUCGGUUGGAUGGGAACACCCUAUAUGGCAGUUGUCCGCACCCGUUAAGUUCCAGCGUGAUAUUCCUCGGGCGGGGUUCGAAUAAUGCAUACAGUCCUAGAUCAGUGAGAAAUCUGCCAAGAACAUGCUCCGAGUAUUUCACGUCGACUGUUGUUGAUGCAAGUCUUGGAGACUACAAAGCACCGGGAACCAAAUGUUCCAAAUUACAGAGUAAUAAUUACAGGGGAUUGUCAAACCCAAAUUUGAAUGCUUCUUUGAAAGCCGUCGACCGUGGAAAAGUACGGACAAAAUCUCCGCACGACAGUCAGAUUUCUAUGAACUCAGUUUCGAAACAAUUGAAUAGUGCACCCUCCGGAUUACGGACAAACGGAUUGGGUGAACUGCCCUCGACACACCCGCCUCAACCGUGGCACAGUCCAAAAUUGACAAGGCGUAAACAGCCGGGAGAACGCUUCAGAAAGAGUAGAAUGUUUGCCUUUUGGCGACGAUCGAAAAGGCCGCACACCAUGGUUUUUGAAGAUGGUGAUUUUUCCAAAGAAAACUGGCCAGAGGGACUGAAAAGUUCCUUGGCAAAAAUUCUGUAA